ACACACGGUUAGUUUGCGGAAAAUGAAACGUGUUCAGCAACACGCUGCUUUUCGUGCGUAGUUAACCCACAAAGUAAGUUCGUGACGCAGGAGGUUCAGAACUACUUGACUGGAACUGUCCAUCUUCAAGUGGUAUUUGUGCGCGUUGAAGCUUCGGAGCCUAGUUAGCUUAGCUUAGCUUCCGAACACAGAGCAACGGGGUUGACGCUUGAACAUCAAGUUGGAGCCUGUUAAAGUGUGCAGAAUGCACGCAAGAAGGACGCCAACUGCAAAGUUCGAGUCGGAACUUUGUGGCGCAAAAGAUCAGCGACAACAUCAACUCUCGACUGCUUGCAAAAUGGAAUUAAAAGUUGUUCUUCGCAGACUACCAGAUCUAUAUGUCAGCCAAGCCCAUCAUCCUGAGCACCCAGAGUCUACAUACAUCAAGGAGGAAGAAGAGUCCGGACCAAUCCAAGAUCUAUAUGUCAGCCAAGCCCAUCGUCCUGAGCACCCAGAGUCUACAUACAUCAAGGAGGAGGAAGAGUCCGGACCAAUCCAAGAUCUAUAUGUCAGCCAAGCCCAUCGUCCUGAGCACCCAGAGUCUACAUACAUCAAGGAGGAAGAAGAGUCCGGACCAAUCCAAGGUUUCCACAAAUAUCUUGGUCCUGACGCUCAACAGCUAAAGAGAGAAGUACAACUUUCAAUCAAAAAGGAGGUAGAGCUGCCAUACCUUAAAGAGGAGGACGAUAUCACCAUGUCAAGUGGUGAGCCCUUGAAUGGCGAGGAUGGUCCAAGUGAGGUCAGCAGAGGGACGGAGCCUCCAAGUGGCAGCAGCAGCUCAACAGAAGGACACAUUUUCAUUGCACCAUCAGAUGGAAAAGGCGCCACGUCACACUCACCUUACAAAGAUGGUUGUCAGAAGAAAUCUCACCGUGACGGCAAACUCUGCAAAUGCUCUCAGUGUGGGAAAACCUCAUUUUGUGGUCAAGGAUUCACUCAAAUUCACCACUUAAAACUAUACACAAGAACCCACACUGGUGAAAAACCUUUUUCCUGCUCAGUUUGUGGUAAAAAAUUCAAUUGCAAGAGCAACCUAAAUACACACAAAAUAAUACACACUGGUGAAAAACCUUUUUCCUGCUUAGUUUGUGGUCAAAAAUUCAGCCGAAAGGGCAAUUUAAACACACAUAAAAGAACCCACACUGGUGAAAAACCGUUUUCCUGCUCAGAUUGUGGUCAAGGAUUCAGUCAGAAGAGUGCCUUACAAUUACAUGCAAGAACCCACAAUGGUGAAAAACCUUUUUCCUGCUCAGCUUGUGGUAAAAAAUUCAGUUGCCAGAGCAACCUAAACAUACACAAAAUAACCCACACUGGUGAAAAACCUUUUUCCUGCUUAGUUUGUGGUAAAACUUUCAAUUGCAAGAGCAACCUAAACACACACAAAAAAACCCACACUGGUGAAAAAUCCCUUUCCUGCUCGGUUUGUGGUAAAAAAUUCAGUUGGAAGAGCAACCUAAACACACACAAAAUAACCCACACUGGUGAAAAACCAUUUUCCUGCUCAGAUUGUGGUCAAGGAUUCAGUCAGAAGAGUGCCUUAAAAGUACACGCAAGAACCCACACUGGUGAAAAACCCUUUUCCUGCUCAGUUUGUGGUGAAGGAUUCAGUCAUAAGUGUAGCUUAAAAGUACACUCAAGAACCCACACUGGUGAAAAACCUUUUUCCUGCUCAGUUUGUGGUGAACGAUUCAGUCAUAAGUGCAGCUUAAAAGUACACUCAAGAACCCACACUGGUGAAAAACCUUUUUCCUGCUCAGUUUGUGGUGAACGAUUCAGUCAUAAGUGUAGCUUAAAAGUACACUCAAGAACCCACACUGGUGAAAAACCUUUUUCCUGCUCAGUUUGUGGUCAAAAAUUCACUCGCAAGGAUCAGAUUAAGAGACAUGUGUGUAUUGGGGUGAGAAGCAGUGGCCAAUGACUGCCUUCAUCAGAUUGUGCACGCAGGUCAAUUGUAGAGUUUCCUCAAAUCUUGUUGAGGAUUGGCAGUAUUGGUGCCUCACAUGUGCUUUGUCCAGUCCUUGUAUGAUGUCGAUCCAUACUAUUUCCAAAAGUAUUGGCUCACCUGAUUUAACUCUCAAGUUGAGUGGCAUUAUUAUACAAUACUCUCCCUCUCUCAAACUACACUUUUUACAGCUAAUAUUUGAAACACUAGACCCCAAAUUACAAAAAUUCUAAAUCAUUCAUCAAUAAUAUAAUUACAUAAAUAUGGAAAAUUAAGAUUAGCUUGCAAAUAUUAGUUUUUUUGGGGAGGGGUGAUUAUAUAUAAUUUAAAAAGUUACUACUAUUGAUUGACAGUGACAUAUUACGACAGAGUAUUGGGGCCAAGUAAAGGGAGGCGGAAAAAAUGACUACGAGAUUAAAGUUGUACUCUUACUACAAGGAAAACAAAAAGUCUUAUUAUUUCGUAGGGGUAAUGUAGCUGACUAAGGGGCUACGCACUUUGUGUACAUGUACCUUAGCUGGGAGCUCCAACAAAGCAUCAGUAAAAUCCUUGCAUUGAUUAUAAUUUGAUGUAAAUGAGCUAAAAGAUAACAGAUUUCCUUAUUUUGGAAACUGAUUCUAAAACACGGCAUCACGAGAUGCUUUCAUUAUUGUUGACUUUAGUGGAGGUAGCAAAGCGCUAUGGAAAGUACGUGGCUGCUUAUUCAGCUACAUUACCCCUCUUUUCUUUAUUUGGCCUAAUACUCUGUCGUAUAAAUCAGACAAUGUUAAUUAAAAUUGUGCUUUUAAUCAUUCCGGCCCCCGUUGAUGAAAAUCUCUCGACUCUGCUUCAAAUUUUAAAGUGCUUGUACUUCACUGUGCUUGUUAAUUUUAUUCAGGAUAAACAACUUGUUUUUAUUCAGUCUGAGCUUCCUCUUCCCUUUGUUCAGAACAAGCCUAAUUAUAAUAUUAUAACUCAAAACUAAGGUUGUAACUAAAACCGAUGCUUUGUUACCAAGUUGAUUCUUAGAUUCAAAAAAUGUGACGUGGCUGCCUUUUCUGCAAUACGCAGUAUCGCCGUUACCGACGCGGCAGAUCUGGCCGCGACCUUUGUGUGGCAUACGAGGCUGCACAAGUUGCCCGACAAGAGGUCAAUUACACCGCUAAAAUAGGGGUUGUAAACAAUGUUCCCUCUAAUUUUUUUAUGUGUCUGAGCAAACACACCUGCUCUCUGAGCACACUGCGGCCCACGUUGAGCAAUAUCAGAUGUGUACCGUGUUUUUGGACUAUAAGUCGCACCAGCCAAAAAAUGCACAAUUAAAAGGUAAAAACAUAUAUGUCGCACCGGCGUGCGCAAUUAAAAGGUAAAAAAAUAUAUGUCGCACUGGCGUAUAAGUCGCAUUUUUGGGGGAAAUUAAUUUGGUAGAAUCCACCACCAAGAACAGACAUGUCAUUUUGAAAGGCAAUUUAGAAUAAAAAUACAAUAGAGAACAACAGUCUGAAUAAGUGUACGGUAUGCUAACAUUACAUGACUCAUAAACAACGAACUGAGAACAUACCUGGUAUGUUAAUGUAACAUAGAUAUUUAGAGUUAUUCAGAUAACUAUAGCAUAAAGAACAUGCUAACUAGAAACAAUGAUAUAAUAAUGUGUGAAUAAGUUCACAUACAGUAUAUGUCGCUCCAGAGUAUAAGACGCACCCUCUGUCAAACUAUGGAAAAAAAAAAACUGCGAUUUAUAGUCUGUAAAAUAUGGUACAUGGCGGCCACACACCAGUAUCACGCCUUUUCACGCCUAUUAACAUUUCUACUGCCCAUAAACUAUCUAGUAUUAAGAGCAUUUAAUGAUUAAUAUCCAUAAUUAAAAUAUCUUUAUAAAUGUCACUAGAAUACACACCAAUCUGACUUAAAUUGUACCUAUUUUUUCACAUCUUAAUAUAUAGGACUAGCAGUUGGUGUACUGAUAUGUCAGUGCUCUUAUCUACUAUCGGUGUAUGCCAGGGUGCAUUUUUAACACUGCACAUUAUCUCGUUCUCCACUAUCUCAUUUAUUGAGUUAACAAAUUCAAAGGCAUAGUUUUUACUUCGCCAGCUUUCUGGUAUACUUACAUACUUUGCCAUGUGAUUGCGGAUUUGUUGAACUGACACCACUGACGCAUUCAUUUCAAUGGCAAGUAAAAUAUCGUCAAUAAGAACUUCAACUUCCUCUGGGUCAGAUUUUGUUUUGUGGGACAGCUCGUUUCUCUUCUGUCGGUCUUUUUGCAUUCUCCCGCAAUAAUGUACCAAUCGCCUGUCCCAUGUUGAGUCUUCGUAAUUUUCAACAGCUUGCAAAUGACUUUUCUGCUGAAUAUGACACUUGAGGUAGUCCAACUUCCAUUCAGUCCGCAUUUUUCCCUCUGAAAACUCACUUGGUACUUUGGCUUCGUGGCAAAUAUCACACAGUUUCACCGCUUGUUCGUCUAUUUGCACAUGAUCCGACAGCCACUCCAUCUUAUAUGAACCGCAUUUCUUUUUUACUUUGGCUUGGUGAGUGGAUGUGUCGCUGCCCGUUCGUUUCGCCAUGAUAAGGGGUUGGCAUUUGCGUCUCUCAACUCCGCUGCACUCACUUACUGUUGAUAGCUUGCUAACCUACACCGCGCGUGUAGGCUGGACAAUACACAAGCAAUGUCAAUGCUAUGAUUGGCUGCGUAGCGGAAGUGAACCUUAUCGUAUCAUUUGCUGGACACCUGUCACUCACCGAGUUACAACGCAAUUAAUACGUUUCUGUUGAUUUUUUUUUUUGUGCGCAGCAUAGAAUUUCUUGUGCGCAGAGUAGGUGCCAGCAGUGCGCGAUUGUGCACGCGCGCAGCUUAGAGGGAACAUUGGUUGUAAAUGAGCGCUUAUAUGGCAACCCACACUGUGCUAAAGAACGAGAAAAACAGUCAAUGUAUGCAACAUGGCAGUUACAUGUGCAUUUACGUCUUUUUUAUUUUAUUUUAUUUUUUAAACUUUUUUUAGUUUAAUACCUUUAAUACCUAAGCCUGUUUUUUUUUUUUUUUUCCGAAUCUUCAUACCUUUGAUGAUUCCUUUAUAUUCACAAUUGCCAGAUUGGGUCCCUCCUUUAGGACACCAUAACCUUCAUGUUCAAACUUGUUUUCUUCAACCAAUUAUAAUCAACAUUUUGGACCCAAAAAGACAAAAAAAUCAAAACAUUUUUGUCAAAAUUUGUAAUAUUGAUGUCCCACUAGGCCUGUCGUGAUAACAAAUUUUAGUAGGCAAUAUGUUGUCUCAUAAAUUAUUGCGAUAUGCGAUAUUAUUGCCUGUUUUUUUUUUCCACCUAUUCAAACACGAAUAAAGUGAGAAUACAUCCUAAUAAAUCACAUAUUGAAAUGCAAUAAAUUGGUAUUCUUAAAUAAAACACAAACUAUAUUAAAAUGUACAAAUACAUACUAAAAAAACAACAAAAAAACAAUGCAUAAUGAGUCAUUUUAAAGCUUGUUAGGUGCAGAAUACCCACUGUCAUUUUUGUUGUCUGCCAAUUAGAGCCCAUUAAAAGUGUUAAUUUGAUCCAAAAUGACUGUCAUCUUGUCCUGCAAAGUGCAUGCAACAAAUUUGCCAAAUUAUUAUCAUUUAUUACAUCGUAUUAUCAUUGCCAGUCAGAUUUUUCAUAAUGAAUGUCAUUUUAAAUGUAUUCUUAGUGUAGAAUCUGAAGUAUAUGCGAUUGCCUCCAGUAAUCUGAACAUGACAUGCUUUUAUUUUGAAAUGUUCACCGGAAAUACGUUUGCUCAGCCACUAACUGUAACCUUUACACUCAGUAAAAAGAAACAAAACAAAAUGCACUUCUCUUUCGUCAUGCACGUUGUAUCAGUAAUAGAUUUUUUUUUUCUUUUGUUCACAUCGCUUGCAAAUUCUUUAAUCCAGCGAGUUUUCAUGUUUGAUGUGUCACCUUAUAACUGCAAUUUUGCGUUGUGGAGAAGACUGUCAAUAUUUUAUAGCAGACUAAAGUGGUUAAUACAUUAUCUUUUUUCCAUCAGCCUCAAUUUAGCAAUGCUAAAGUUUUACCAUGUUUAAAGUAGAAGUGUUUCCUUAUUUUGUAUGUCCGAACUUUAAUUCCACGGCGUGUUGAUGGCCAAUAAACAUCUGUGAAAGCUACUGGAGUCUCAUACGUAAUCAACGCGCACGUGUGCCGAGUGCACGCACGUGGCGAUAAAUCGCAGCCGGGAAAAUUACCGCACUCAUUUUUAUUUAUCGUGCGAUAAUUUUACUUAUUGCAUAUUGCGACAAGCUUAUGUCCCACUGACAACCAAACAUGCUCGACGAAACGUUUUUAAGCGGAAUAUUUAUUCAACUUGUUUGGAUAAACAUUCAAUCAUUCUUUAUUUUGCCAGAUUUUGUCCAACUUUUACAUAGAAAUCAUUGAAGCUGCUGAAGAUGUCAUCCAUAUUACCUUCUUCACAUCAUUUUCCACACAGCACUGAGGAUAGCUCUGUUGCGUGGCACCGUUUUUAAUAAUUCCAUUCAAUAUGUGCCAUAUUCCUUUAAUAUUGUUUUUGUUAUACAAUAUUUUACUAUAGUAUUCUUUCCUACAUACCCUUAUGAUAUUGGUCAGUUCAUUUUUAUAUACAGUGGUACCUCUACAUACGAAGUUAAUCCGUUCCAGGACCUUGUUUGUAAGUCGAAAUGGUCGUAUGUCGAGCAGGAUUUUCCCAUAGGAAUACUUUAUAAUUCCAUUAAUUCGUUCCACAGCCCAAAAACCUUCACUAAAUCCUUAAAAAAUACUGCUGGUACUAUUACAAAUAGCAAUUACACAUAGCAAAACAAAUAAAUUAUAAACCAAAAUCGGAAUAAUAAUAAUAAUAAUAAUAAUUCCUGUAUUAAUGUAACGAAUCGGGUUCUAAUGUGGCGGACGUUUUUUGCUGACCCUGAACGCACCGCGGGGCUCACGUGCCAGAGACAGACCGGUGAGCUUGAGUUUCACUUUCACUUUGAAUGUUUUCUUGAGAACGCCGUCAAUUGCGGCAGACAGAAGGUGUUUUUGUUUUGAAUAAGUUGUGAAAUAAAUGAUAAAAACGUGGCGAAGUUGGCGAUUUCUCUGGAGAUGUUACCACAAUAAGAAUUGUCAGCUUAACUUAUAAAGACUGGCGAACGAUGGUCGGAGGAGGACCGUGGAGAUGUAUUGUUGAGCCAUUUCACGGAUGCCCACCCUACGCUCAUAUUUUUCUGUCAUUUGCAUCUUCAUUUAGAAGGUAAGCGUCAACUUUUUCCUUGUUUCACCACCUGUACCAACCUUUUCUGAAACCAGUGUUGAUUUGUUACACAAGAAAAUCCGCCGUGCAUUCGUCUGCGGUGCUGCCAUUGUCGUCGUAUUUCGAGCAUGUCGUCGGAUGUAGAAACAAACGGCGAGUCAAAUUUUACGUCGGAUGUCGAAAAAUUCGUGUGUCGAAGCGAUCGUAUGUAGAGGUACCACUGUAUUUUUUUCUGCCUCUAGUCUGUUUUAUGAAUUCUCUAUACAGUGUAUUUUUCUCCUUUUAAAAGCGUUUUGUAAUCCCUUCGUGAACCGUGCUCGAUCUUUGUGCUUUGGUUUUCUGCUGUACCGUUGUAUUGGACAGUUUUUAUCAUAUAAUGAUAUGAAUAUAUAUUUUUUAAAUUCAUAUACAUAGUUGUUAGGUCUAAACUUACUUGUAGCUAGCAAAAUAAUAAAGACCUAGAGGAGGACGAAGACAAGGAUCAGACAGGAGACGGAGAUACGUUUUUACGCUGACGGCCGUCAGGAGGAAGGUUGAUGCGGAGCGGGUGGCUCACAACAAGCCUCUCUGCCCUCCCCCUGAGGAGCGCAGCCUUUUAUUGCACACACGUGAGUUUCGUUUAGCUGCUAAGGUAUUCUUUACUGAGAACAGAAACCAGAAUGAAACAUUAUGGUAACGUUUACUGAAAACAGAAACCUUACUCUUUUCAUUGUGUAAACACGAAAGCACAGGCGAAUAAACUGUUACAUGAGAAAACAAU